CUAGCGAGUAAAUUUUGAUGAACGCCGUUAGCCGCGACCCAAAGAUUAAAAUAUGUAUUCUUCGGCGGUGUUCGUGCAAAAGCGGUGCCAAAGCUAAAAAUUAAUAAUGGCAGGAAAACUCCAAAAUCGCCUGCAGGAGGUCAGUGUAGAUGAAAAGGGACGCCUAAUCCAAGCUGUUACCCAUUAAUGUGAGACUUCACCGACAGACAGCAAUAGCACAAUGGGGUAAAUCCGCAGAAUAGUAGAAGUGCUGGAUGAGAUCCAAUAGAAAAUCCCAGAGGGAAGGAACAUGACGACUGGGACAUCGCCCCAUACAUCGACAUCCUGCCGGACGUAUCGUCGCAGAGAAAGAAGAACCACCGGAACGAUCUCCGAUGAGCUCUCCACUGGGGGACCACAGGACUCUACCUCCACCAGCUAUUUGGCAGCUAAAGCGGAGAUGGAGGAUGCGCUGGCUUCUAUAGGGAGGAGGAAAAAAAAGGCGCCCGCUAAGGGACAGCUGGAGAAGCCAUUGCCAGGAUGCUGGGCGACUUCCUGCAGCAUCAGGCGGAACAACCACGUUCCCAGCCCAACUCCGACUUCCUUUAGGUCCAAUAUGCUAUCGGCAUUCGGAGCUGGACUGCAGAUGGCGAGGCAUCCGUGAGACGAGA